GCCCCCUCCCCCCAGCCCAUCCCCCGCCGCGCGUGGGCUGCGUGCGCCCGAGCGUGCGUGUGGCUGCGGGAGGCCAGGGCGCGCGCAGGACUGGAGCGCCGUUCCCCGCGUUGGAGCCGAGGGGGCGCCCCGCACGGCAGCAAAUCUGAGGACUGUAAAGAAUGGAAUGUAAACAACCAUAAAAAAACUUCAGCUAGUGAUUUCAUCUCAUCUGAAACUCAACAGAAAUCUUAAGCAUCAUUUUUGAUGAGUGCAUACUGCUGAAUGUUCAUGUGGUGAAACUGAAGGUCUUUCGGAAGAAAUCAAUAAGAGCCUGUGCCUGGUGGUCUUCUCAGCUGCUGUGGAUGGCCCUGACUCUCUUGACUGCCCUUCCCAAUAGGAUGUCACUGAGGUCCCUUAAAUGGAGCCUCUUGCUGCUGUCACUCCUGAGUUUCCUGGUGAUGUGGUACCUCAGCCUUCCACACUACAAUGUGAUCGAGCGUGUGAACUUAAUGUACUUUUAUGAGUAUGAGCCGGUUUACAGGCAAGACUUCCGCUUCACACUUCGAGAGCAUUCGAACUGCUCUCAUCAGAACCCAUUUCUGGUCAUCCUUGUGACGUCACACCCUUCAGAUGUGAAAGCCAGGCAGGCCAUUAGGGUUACAUGGGGUGAAAAGAAGUCUUGGUGGGGAUAUGAAGUUCUUACGUUUUUCUUACUAGGUCAGCAAUCUGUAAGGGAAGACAAAAUGCUAGCGCUGUCCUUGGAGGAUGAGCACCUUCUCUAUGGUGACAUAAUAAGACAGGAUUUUCUAGACACAUACAAUAACCUGACCUUAAAAACCAUUAUGGCGUUCAGGUGGGUCACUGAGUUUUGCCCCAAUGCCAAGUAUAUUAUGAAGACAGACACUGAUGUUUUUAUUAAUACAGGUAAUUUAGUGAAGUAUCUCUUAAACUUGAACCACUCAGAGAAGUUUUUCACAGGUUAUCCUCUAAUUGAUAAUUAUUCUUAUAGGGGAUUUUACCAAAAAACUCAUAUUUCAUAUCAGGAGUAUCCUUUCAAGGUGUUCCCUCCCUACUGCAGUGGGUUGGGCUAUAUAAUGUCCAAAGAUUUGGUGCCAAGGAUCUAUGAAAUGAUGGGUCACGUAAAACCUAUCAAGUUUGAAGAUGUUUAUGUUGGGAUCUGUUUGAAUUUGUUAAAAGUGGACAUUCAUAUUCCGGAAGACACAAACCUUUUCUUUCUGUAUAGAAUCCAUCUGGAUGUCUGUCAGCUCAGACGUGUGAUUGCAGCCCAUGGAUUCUCCUCUAAGGAAAUCAUCACGUUUUGGCAGGUUAUGCUAAGAAACACCACAUGCCAUUAUUAACGUCACACUCUACCAGAACUCUAGCGAAGGCAGUGUACUUUGUGGACAGUGUUAGAGCUGUGCCGUAGCAAACUGGUGGAGAGGUAUAUGUCUGGCUCACACUGGAGUGAAACUCAUGGAGAUUGGAGAGCCACACUGCAUUUGUGGUUUGUUUUGAUAAAAUUCAAGUCAGUUUGGCAGAAUUAAACAUCUUACAAAGGAGUCAGAGGUAUUUGCUCAUAAAAUUAAUAGGACCAAACAAUUUAAACAUGUUAUUCUAUAGACUAGGAUUUCUGAAAAGGCUUUCCCUGAAUUAUAAGCUCAUUAAUGUAUAACAGCAAAGCAUUGUGGAAUUCUAUUUAUUGAACAGUCUAAGGGUUUAGUGUGUAUCUUAGAUGGAUUGCCAGUUUUAAAAAGUAUGUUGUUCCAUGUAAAGAAACUUCAUUGAAGUUAUACUGAACAAAAUUUCAUGUGUUUUUACUCAAAAGAUACUUCAUGAUGUUGGAAUAUUUCAGUGUUAUCAAUUAUUAUUUAAAUUACUUCAGACUUUCUGAAUGUUUAAAUGUUGUGGUGGUUUCAGUACUGUACAAAUGAAAUAGUGAAUCACUUUUUACAGUUAAAUUUUGUUCAAGUUAUUUCCCUGGUCAUUUUAGUUGUUGAUACUCCAUUCAUGUGAAACCAUAGGUCAUUAUUAUUAAUCUCUUGAAUUUGUUACAUAUUUUACUGUGGUAAUACAGAAAAAAACUAAAGCAAGAGAUUUCUGAAUGACUUGUCUUGUUUUUAAAAAUACAGUCCUGUGUUUUUAGAUGUCAUUCGUUGGUCAUUUUUCCACGUGAAACUCAGGAGUGACACAGGAUGUCAGGCAGUAUGUUUCCACUUAGAAAAGACUUUGAAUGUGCACAUAAAGGGCAAGAACCUUUUGGCCAGAAAUUUAUGAAAAGUGUCCUUAUUCCAGAGCUGGGUUGGAAAGACCAAAUAUCCAAGUUGCAUUGCUAAUCUGCCCCAGGUAUUUCCUGAUUAACAGUCAGCUUAUGAAUAAAGAGGGGAAAAGAGAAAAGAUAAAGAAGUAGCGGCUGCUGUUAUUUGCAAUCCGGAUGAAAGGCCCAAUUCGUAGUCUGAAGUCAAGCUGACUUUAGUCUUCCGUGUUUCCCUAGAAAUGACAAUGUGGUCUUUUGUCCCUGCCACUCUUACAUCAAGAGGACUGCUUGUUCCUUCUGGGAUUAUGCAGUUUUCUAUUAGGGUUGAUUCCUUUCUUCUUAGUUAUAUACAAGCAAAAGUUGAAAUCUUUUUUGUGGGUUAUCAGCUUCAGAGUAUGUGGUCAGCUCUUGUAGUAGUCAUAUUGAUAGUUCUUCUGUUCGGAAAAACAAACUUCAAUUAAAACUCCAGUUCCACAAUGAGGCUGCAGCUCUCCAGACACUGAGACAGGAUGAUUGCUAUGAGUUUGAGACCAACCUGGGCUGCAUAGUGAGUUCAAGGACACCCUGACCUACAAAGAGAGAGCUUGCCUCAAACGCAUACACAAACACACACAACAACAAAAGUCACCAAGAGUUAAAUUUCAAUAAAAUUAUUUUUUAGAAAACUA